AUGGAUACGACAGACUUACUUCCGCUGCUGGAGCAGCUGGACGACAAUGUGGACGACUUGGAAGAGGUUUUGCAACCAUUUCUGGGGCAGUCCCUGUCCAAGGCCUCGAAAAACCUGCCAGUGAUGGACAAAGCCAAACUUCAUGUUCUGAUCACGUACACUCUCGAAUCACUUAUUUUCUCUUAUCUCCGAUUGCAUGGCGUCGAUGCGAAACAGCACUCCGUCUUUCGUGAACUUACACGCGUGAAACAAUACUUCGAUAAAAUCAAGGCUCUAGAAACAGAGCCCGAACAGCGCACCAUGACACUCGAUAAGGAGGCAGCGGGGCGUUUCAUCAAACACGGCCUUGCUGGCAAUGAUAAGAUCAACUUGGAAUUGGCAGAGAAGCAGGCCAAAGAAAGGGCCCGGGCUCAAUUCAAAGCUGCCAUGCUGGCUAAGAAGAAGGCUGCCGAAGCACAGACCGAGGAUCUUUCCAGCGCAGCCCAGUCUACUCCGCAAUCCGCCGCUGACUCUGACGAUGACUCGGACGAGGAUAUGGACGCCAAGGCUGAGGCCGACCUCACGAAAGAAAAAGGGAAGAAGAAGCAGGUCAAGGUUGAGAAGACCAACGCCAGAAGCAAGGAUGCAAAGUCUGCCAAGAAGCAACGAAAGCUCGACACCGCUGGACGCAAAGACAACAAGAAGGAAAGACGGCAGAAGAAGGAAGAUUUCCGCAAGGCUCGCAAUAACAAAUGA